CAAAACCCAUUUAAUUUCUAUCAAAAUUUUGUAGGCCUAUUCGAUUUAUGAUUUGAGGAUACAACCGCGUUCGCAUCAAGCUACACCUGAGAUUGGGGUUGUACACCCCCACAUGAUCUCUUCUUUUCUGGCAUAUGCACCAACACGCGCGCGAAGAGUAAGGAAGGUGAAAUCACAUUGACGAGUCCACCACCGGCGACCAAUGCGCAGUGAAACGAACGGGGCAAACUGCGACGGGAUUGCUGCGCCCCUCAAGUGUCCCUUGGGGGAGGGUGGUUAGUACCAUACUGGUCUGGCGUCGUUCUCACCACCGAUGUCACGUCGUGACACCGACAUCCAUUUUUCGUCGCAGUAUCGACUCGUGAAAGAUAUAAAACGCAUGCUAUCAGUUAUCAGUUGUGAUGCGAAACACCUUGCGAGCGUUGGCGUGCGUCUAACGUGGGGAAUCGAUGUACCGACGACGAGGGCUCGUGGAGGGUGAACGCCAGGUAGAAGUGGGUUAGUGCGUGUGUUCUCUCAGCCAAGAAUAUUAUCCCGCGAGGAAGGAAGAUUUUUAAAAAGAAGGCGGAGAAUAUACAAGGGUGGAAGGCUCGUAAUAUAAAAUGUGAAAUCGAUACUCGACGACCGUGAAUUGCGACGAGGGCUUCCUCGAGGCGGUCAAUGCGAAAAACGCAGUGAAACGCUGCGUGUUUUUUGGUCCAAGAAUAAUCGUAUAGGGAAGAGGACUUUCAAGACAGAAAGAGGAGAUUAGAAGUGAAUAGAUCGUGUAGUGAAAUCAUCGCGGUAAGUGCAACUUAGGUGUGACAUUAAAAGUGCAUUUGGGUCAUCGAGUGAAUCUUUUGUCGACGACCAGGAUAGAAUUUCAUCAUAUUCCAUAAAAGAAGGAGAAGGGGAAGAAGCCUCUGAAUGCGAAAAGAAAACACAGGACGGAAUGAAAAGCGACUUGAAACAUUUGUAAGAUUUCGUUGUAUGCUAGAAUUAAAUGGCUCUCCCGGAUAAUGAUACAUACAAAGCACCACAGCGAUACGAUGAGUAUCAUCAAACAAACUUGUAAUUAACAAGUUGAUGACGUCAAGGUCCGACGGGUAUGUCGAUGGUUCGAUGUAAAGAGGGCGAGUUAAUAAAAACGAGCGCAACGAAAUUUCCCAAAGGACGAAAAACAAGGUUCCCCGAGAAGCAAGGAGAGAUAUCGAUGAUCCGGCAUAGAAAUUGGAAGCGCAAAGAAUGUUUUCCGGAUAGCCGAGGAAAUUACCGCAAAGCUCUCUUGUUAAUUUCCAAAUGGCUGCGCUUGUCUUCCACAUUGGAGAAAAGAAAGAUGAAGAAAUAAACGACUAAGUUGACGGGGUUGCGGAGUAUCGGCUGGGGGGUUGGCGAGAGCGACAGGAGAGCCUCUCGACGAGGUCGUGACGAGUGCCAUACCUGAUUGGGAAAUAGAGAUAGCACCGGAGCCGAAGAACAGCAGGUUGAUAUACAAAGUGGGGACAUUGUAGAAAUGGGUCAAGAGUGCCUCGGCGGUGGCAGUGUGGCAGUCACCACUUGACGCGCUCCGCAUCGAAUAAAUCACGAGAAAUCGGCGUGAGUGAUAUAUCGAGUGUUAUCGCGCAAAUUAAAUUCGAGCGAAGAGAAGCCGGCUCUUAUAACCUGCAGACUGUGGACUGUGCCGUUCGUAUGUGAUACACCGUGUAAUCGAAGUAAGUGUGUAAAAUCUGACUUCUCUUAUCGUAUCGAAAAUUGCACACUUUUCAAGUCUUACGCGCCAACUACAUAUGUGUGUGUUCUUUGUACUGUACGUGCUUCAAACAAUCAACAUAGAUUCGUUAAACGUAUCUAAAUUCGCGAAGAACACCACGAUGUCGACGUUCAUGGAUUAAUCGCUCGCGAAUACGAGCCGAGGUAGCCGAUGCUCGAUGCGUCUCGACAUGCUCCGCGAUAUGUCGUGAGGAAGAUGCGUCGUUCAUGCGGCAGAUGCGCAUCCCGUCGUCGAUCUGUAUGUUAAAGACCAUGCGUCCAUGUGAUCGCGUUAGGGCUUCUCUCAAGGAGACAUAGUCUUCUCUUCCACGAGGGAUCCUCAGAGGGAUCCAACGAAUCCUCAAUCAUUUUCAUGGUUUACGGAUCGCGCAGAGUCACGGAGUCAAUCACCACCACGGGGACCGCUUGGCUUCAUAAUAUCACCACCCAAGGCGAAAUGAGUAGCAGCGGUGGGUUCGGUGUCGGCGUUGGUGUCGCUGGUGGACCGACCCUCGCGGCCGCCCAACAAGGCCAAGGGGUGGCCGCCCUCCUGGUGAUGCUCGCCGUCCUCUGCUUCAUCUUCGCUUAUUGUUGCUGGGGCGCGCCGUUCUGCCGUUCCUUGUGCAGACGGCAUUGCUGCUGUCGUCUAGAAGAUCCCGAGCCCGAUCCACGAUUCGGCGGCAGCGAUCAGGCCAUGGUGGCAACGCCGACCAUCAUCCUUUUACCGCAUGGUAGAAUGCUAGUCGUCGACGGCACGAUCUUUACACAGUUCCAGACUGAUCCCACGGGUUUGGAUUUAGUGGAACUGGGUGAUAGCGUGCUACGCGCACAGAGGAAUCCACGAACAGUGAAUCGUCAUCAGCUGCAAAGCAGCCAGGGCAGCAUUGAGAUGGAUGCUGAGACACCCAGUAAAGAUAGCUUAGGAUCUAUCGGAUGCUUCCCGCCGCCCACCUAUGAGAGCAUUUACGGCAAGGAAGAGACGGACAUGCCUCCCUCUUAUUCCGAUAUUCUCUUGCACAGAUUUGCGAAUCUGCCGCAUGAGAUCGACAUGCACGGCUAUUGCCGCGACGGGAAGGAAGAGAUCGAGAUGCAAAGCUUGGAGAACUACCCGCACAUCGUCGGCAACCCGUUGAACUCGAUGCCGUAUCAUCCUUACGCUACAGUGACGAGCCUGUCCAGCUUGCAAAGCUAUCCUCGGCGGAAUGUCUCGCGCAAUCCGUCCAUUAUCAGUAAUCCUUUGGACAACUAUUACGUGGACAACGAACUGGGUGUUUAUCGACUCAGCCGGGAGAUGAUACCACGAGUGUUGAGCAACGCGAAUCUCGAAACCUUCCACGCGUCUCACGACGAGAUGUCCUUCCGUAUGCCUGUCGAUGAAAAUGAGAACUUACGGCACACCAGUCGAAACAACGAGAGGCGACAGGCUGUGGAGCAUCAGGUUGUCAGAAAUUCCGGCAACGAGCUGAUGAACACGAGGAAUCACGCCCGAAGUGUCUCUAGACUGAGCCAAGACAGCCGCAGAAGUUCGUUGAAUCGCGAGGUAGACCAAAACGAGGCCGUAGCUGCCUUCAUCAGAUUAGCCGAGCCCGAGGAGGUCGAGAUUUCGCGAGACAGACACGUCGACGAGGAUCAGCCACCUCGGUUGUACCGUGAGGAUCAGAAUGUUAGGAAUCCGCACUUAGAUAAUGCUCAAGUGCAAGACGAAGCGAACCGCAACGUUGUCGACGGCGACCCCAGAUAUUUUGCUAGAAACAGACGACUACUAGAGGACGAAGACAGAGGUCAAGGUGAAGCCGAGGGAGCUCAAUAUCUCGACGAGGAAGCUGGUAACUUUGGCGCACUCGCUGAUAUUCGCGAGAGUAGAGUGUAAUAUGAACUUAAAAUUGCGCGCAAUGCCUCGAUGUUUGGUAAUAAGGGCUCAGGAUCAAUUUCGUUGAGUCUGAAGGCACACAGAAUUUCUCCUGUUUUUCACGAAUAAUAACUAAAUCGAGCACAACAGGAAUCUGCCAAUAUCAUUUUCAUUUCCUUCAUUAAGUGAAAGAAAGAAUUAUAGUAUCCUCACUUAUAAGAAACGAUGAGAUUUUCUUUGUGCCUUACGUUAAGAAGAGAGCCCUUUAUACUAAUACAUUUUACACACGUCUCGCACGACGAAUAAGACUUGCACAAAAGUCAGGUGACAAAUGGAAAUUGCCAUGUGACAAAUUUCCACGAGAAAUCGUUAAAAUAUUCCAAAAUAUACGUUUAGGUGCAAACUGAAAUCUUGAAUUAAAAGUUGAAGAUACGAAAUCAGGAUAAAUAUCGUAUUAUACGAAAGACUUUACGACGAUGUUUUUAACUGUAUAUGUGACAAUAUAAUAAUUGUACGUGACAACGUAGUAAAAAUCCUCACACUACGUAUACACACACACAUAUACACAUACACACAGUGUAUUUCUAACGAACGAUCAUUCUCUAUGGAACGAAUUUUCUUGUUUGAUAGGAUCUUGAAAGAAAAUUUCACGUGUGGUAGUCGAAGAGUGAAUCAGAAAAAACUUGGUGUAAAACAUUGAACAGUUGUUAUUCUCUUACAAAUCAAUAUAGAUAGAGAUAAAUAUUGAUGAGUAUAUCAUAUGAAAAAUGGCAUUACAUAGUGGAAGAAUAAACCUGCGCGACCACUUUCUCGACAAUGAAACGUCGACGUAAUCUAAAAAUACUUUCGUAUGCGAAAAGUUGCGUUUAAACUCUGUACAAGAAUUUCAGCGAAGUUAGUUAAGUCCGUCCAGGCUUUAACGAGUGCACUUAAGUUUCACGAGCAUCGAUUUGAACAUACGUCUCUCGAAUAGUGAUUUAAUCCUAAUUAGUGUGACUCUUUUUUUUUUCUUUGAUUUUAUAUACAUGAGUUACAAGCGCAGAAUCGUCAACUGAUAUUAUUAUAUGUUUGUUUAUUUGUUUUAUUAGUUCUAAAAAGCACUAUCUCCGCAACUUGAGUAAGUUGCGCAUUCUUAAGUACUAUCCACUGUGAAUGCAUCUAACGACUUUAGUGUUUACCAAAAGUGAUGAGGUGGAAAUAACAUAAAAUUAUAGUUAAAGAAAAAGAAACUGACUUUAGAUUUGUGCAAAACAUUAAGAGGAAGAAUUAAAUAAAUAUAUAUAUA